AUGCGAAAAAAGAUGAGCCAAUUCCGCAGGAUUCUGUUGGCUGUGAUCAGUCGGGCUUUGUUCAUGGCCCAUGGAGCCGUGCUGGUAUGGAGAGUGGUAGUAGUGAAAAGUAACAGUCUCUACUGGUUGCUACUGAUUGGCCUUCUUCUCUUGAGCAUUGAGAUGGUCGUGACGUUGAAACUAACUAAGAAAGGAGAAUGGAAAUGGUUUUCCCCAAUGGUUUUUCUCUAUUUGAGUUCAACAAUCCCUUCUGUCUUUCUCUUGGAACUUGAGCUCCUUGAAACCAGAAUCUUAAUCUCCAACUCAACCAUGGAUCAAGAUACUUUAGAACAGGAAACGAACUUCAGCACCUAUUCAAAAUGGGCGCAAGUACUGGAACAGAUUAUGGUUCUUGUUUUGGUUGUCGGACGGUGGCUUGCACCAAAAGGAGAGAUGAAUAGAGACCAACUUACACAACUUCUCCUGCUCUAUAUUGGUUUAGGAGCUGACAUUUUGGAUAUGUUAAAUAUGAUAAAAACACCCGAAGUGGGUACCAAUUGGCACGUAGCCAUCGUGGGAUUAUGUCUUUUCAGCUGUGCACUCAUCCAGUUCACACUAGUGCUCACUCAGUCCUCCGACCUUCCGGAAACAAACAAUGAACAAGACACACAAACGCCCGUAAAUGGAAGCAGGAGAUCUUGCUGCGCAAGCGAAAUAUGGAGCCUACUAUCUGGACUGUGCCAACAGGAUGGGCCUUUCCUUGUCUUCCGCCUUUACCUUUCAAUUGGAAAGCUAGUGAUUGAUGAAUUGAUGAUAUUCUUCAUAUGCAAAAAUGCCCUGACAGUCAUUAUAGAAAUUUACAGGAUUAUUAUAAUACAUGUUAGACACAGGAGGCAAAAUACAUAAACCUAUUGCAACAGGAUAAGACGACAAUCUGAAAAGCCACUCUAGCCUCAGUUUAAUAUUUUUGGA